AUGGAAACUGGUCGCUCACGCUGGAAGAAGCGGAAGAAGAUCACACUCACCAGCUUUUUACCUGCACCUACUCAGCUAUCUCAGGACCAGCUUGAGGCUGAAGAAAGGGCAAGAUCCCAGAGAUCACGACAGACCUCACUGGUCUCCUCCCGAAGAGAACCUCCCUCAUAGGGGUACCGGAAAGGCUGGAUACCUCGGUUAUUAGAGGAUUUUGGAGAUGGAGGUGCUUUUCCAGAGAUCCAUGUGGCCCAGUAUCCACUGGAUAUGGGGCGAAAGAAAAAAAUCAAUGCACUGGCCAUUCAGGUGGAUGCUGAAGGAAAAAUUAAAUAUGAUGCAAUUGCUCGGCAAGGACACUCAAAAGACAAGGUCAUUUAUAGCAAGUAUACUGACCUGGUUCCCAAGGAAGUCAUGAAGGCAGAUGACCCAGACCUGCAAAGACCUGAUGAAGAAGCCAUUAAAGAGAUAACAGAAAAGACAAGGGUAGCCUUAGAAAAAUGUGUAUCACAGAAGGUUGCUGUAGCCAUGCCAGUUCGAGCUGCUGAUAAACUGGCUCCUGCUCAAUAUAUUCGAUACACACCAUCUCAACAAGGAGUGGCUUUCAACUCUGGAGCUAAACAGAGAGUUAUUCGGAUGGUGGAAAUGCAGAAAGAUCCAACGGAGCCUCCAAGGUUCAAGAUUAAUAAGAAAAUUCCCCGAGGACCACCUUCCCCUCCUGCACCUGUCAUGCAUUCUCCUAGCCGAAAGAUGACCAUGAAGGAACAACAAAAGUGGAAGAUCCCUCCUUGCACUUCAAACUGGAAAAAUGCAAAGGGGUAUACAAUUCCAUGAGACAAACGUCUGGCUGUUGAUGGAAGAGGCCUGCAGACAGUUCACAUCAAUGAGAACUUUGCCAAGCUGGCCAAAGCCCUCUAUAUUGCUGAUCGGAAGGCUCCUGAAGCUGUACAAAUGCGUGCUCAAGUAGAGAGAAAGAUGGCUCAAGAAGAAAAGGAGAAACAUGAAGAGAAACUUAGAGAAAUGGCCCAGAAAGCCAGGGAGAGAAGAGCUGGGAUCAAAACCCAUGUGAAAAAAGAGGAUGGGGAGGCACAUGAGAGGGAUGAAAUCCGGCAUGACAGGCGAAAAGAGAGACAGCACAACAGGAAUCUUUCCAGGGCAGUUCCUGAUAAGAGGUCAAAACUACAGAGAAAUGAAAAUCGAGAUAUCAGUGAAGUCAUUGCUCUUGGUGUGCCCAAUCCUCAGAUGUCCAAUGAAGUUCAGUAUGACCAAAGGCUUUUCAACCAGUCCAAGGGUAUGGACAGUGGUUUUGCAGGUGGAGAAGAUGAAAUUUACAACGUUUAUGAUCAAGCCUGGAGAGGUGGUAAAGAUAUGGCCCAGAAUAUUUACAGGCCUAGUAAAAAUCUGGACAAGGACAUGUAUGGUGAUGACCUAGAAGCCAGAAUAAAGACCAACAGAUUUGUUCCCAAUAAGGAGUUUUCUGGUUCAGACCAUAGGCAAAGAGGACGAGAAGGACCAGUUCAGUUUGAGGAAGAUCCUUUUGGUUUGGACAAGUUUUUGGAAGAAGCCAAACAGCACGGUGGCUCUAAAAGACCCUCAGAUAGCAGCCGCCCCAAGGAACAUGAGCAUGAAGGCAAGAAGAGGAGGAAGGAGUAGAUACACCUCUCUUCAAAGUGAAUGAACUUUUAUCCAUAACCCUAAUGAUGAAAGUCAGAUGGGCAAACACUUUGUAAAUGGCCAGGAUAAAAACCAAAUCUGGGUGUCAGACCCCAGCACUACUUUUUAAUACGGGAGUAAGGGUUGGGGGGUAUGGAAAAUUCUUUGAACUAUUUAGUUUUUUUUUAAGAGUGGGUUGUGUUUGUGCUUCUCCUACCUUUUGGCAUUUAUAGAACAUACUUCCCCACACAUGAAAUUAAGACCACUUCCUUUUAUGUGACAUUAGUACUUUGGGGUUAAUAUUUUGUGUAAGAACGAUUGCUGAUGAAUAAAGUUGCCCCAACCACAGGUAGUAGAAGGAUGUUCACAUACUGGAACUGUCUGCCAAAUGACGUUUGCCCCUAUUACGCUCUGUUUUAAUUUGGAGUGGGGAAAGUAAACUCUUGCUUGGUGCAACUAUUUGUUUCAAAUAAAAACAUUUAGACA